AUGGGGAACUGGGAAACAGUUAAAGCACGGCUUCUAGAAGUCAGUAAGGUUAAGGAUACCAACUUUAGAAGUAUGGUCUCGGAGCCAUUAAUUGAAAAAUACUUAACGAAUAUAAAACAAGGCGGGGCAGCAACACAAGGGCAAUGCAAUAAUGAUUUGUCGAAAAGCAGAUGUCGCCAUCGUAGCAAUACCUCAUCGGAGCUUGAUCUGAACAUUGAUAACAGCUCAACAUCGUGGAUGCGCGACUGUAAUCAGACAUCGUCGUUAAAUGAUCCUUCUCCAUUAACUACCUCGGUUGGUGAGGUGUACAGUGAUUUAAGUCUUACACCAACACCACAGGAUCCGUCUAAGUGUGCAUCGGUUCAUUUUACCGAAGAUGAUUCUUCGCCAUACAUCAACGGACCAACGUUGGAAAGAUGUACGUCACCAGAACGGGUGGAUGCUAAAACUAACGCCUUUCUCGAAACUAUUCAGAGGUGA